AUGAUUUCGAACAAAUGGCUCGUUUUAGCUGGUCUAGCUGGUCUAGCUGGUCUAGCAGCCUCGGACAAAACUUAUUCUCACGAGGGCUAUAUUGUGCUUGCUUGCCAGUCAGCAGUUGAGGCUACCGCUACUUUCUGCAAAAAAACCAGCAAGGACAGUGCUUGUGCUUGCUCCAACCCUGCAGAGUUGGGUUCCUGGAUCGCCUGUGUCUAUGAUCAUAGUGGAGAGUAUAACCACGCUGCAGACCAUGAGUUGAUGAAGACUUGUCACAAAUACAACUUCACCGUUGAUAGUAUUCAUGCAGCCUACGAAAAUGCUACCAAGUACAUGGUCAACAUCAGCGACGUUAAGGGCUUCAAGAAAAAAGCUAUCAUCAACUAUCCUAUCACCGGUGGUAAUUUGACCAAGAACUACGUGGGCUACUACAAGGGUAACUAUCAUAGAUGGAACAAUAUGGCGGUGUCCCGCUAUUUGGGUAUUGCAGCACUGUCUGCCUGGGCUUUGCUGCUAGUUGUGUGCGCGGUCAUCAACUGGUCACUUAUUCUAAUACCGUCUCUGAGAAGAAAGCUGGUAGGCCCAGCUACUAACUUCUGGAGAAAGCAUAUUGCUCUGCCAGCUAUUUUUGGAGGCAGGCACAUGGAGAACUUUGGACUGCUAGGACUGUUCCCCGACAGAUUUGAGACCAUUGUUCUUGUCAUAUUCUUCGUCUACAUCUUCUUGGCCAAUUCUAUUCUUGGAAUCACCUACUACAAGGGCGAUAUGGUGUUCAAAACGAAGUCUGCGGGUUACUCAAGAUACAUCGGUGAUAGAUCUGCUAUUCUAGCGUCUUACUUGUUCCCUCUGCUGUUUGGAUUCCCGGGAAGAAACAACAUCAUGCAGUGGAUCACCAGGUGGCCAUAUUCUAGAUUUGUCACUUUCCACAAAGCCCUUGGCAGAAUUCUGUGCUUGGAGGUGCUAGUGCAUGCUAUUGCCAUGACUAUCCAGUCUUUUGCUAUUGGGAAAUGGCAUACCAGAAUCCAUGCUUCUUACUUUCGUCAUGGCAUUGCAGCAGCCGUGUGCUGUUGGGUGGCCAUGGGUGCCGCUGUCUAUGGAGUGAGAAGAUACUGGUAUGAGUUCUUCCUUAUCGGCCACAUCGUUUUGGUGACUAUGUUCUUAUGGACCGCUUGGCUACACGCCUCUAGCCAGGAUUACGGCAAAUAUUACUACGCUUGUGCUGCUCUCUGGUGUUUCGAUAGAGCUGUCAGAAUCGCCAGAAUCGUGCUAUUCGGAGUUAGAACUGCUAGAUGUGAAAUCCUCGAAAAAGAAGGAACCAUCAAACUUUCAGUUCCUUAUCCAAAGAGCUACUGGAAGCCUUUCCCAGGUGCCCACGGUUUCGUUUACUUUUUAACUCCGAAAACCUUCUGGCAAUCUCAUCCUUUUACCUUGAUUGAGUCUAUCACAGACAAAGACCACAUCCACUUCUAUUGUAAGAUUAAAGGCGGUGUUACCAAGAUCAUGGGUCAUAGAGUUAGAAAACACGACCACAAGGUUUUCAAUGUUAGAGUCCUUGUUGAAGGUCCAUACGGGUUGAAGAACCCAUACCACCAGUUUGAUAAGGCUGUUCUGAUUGCUGGUGGUAAUGGUAUCCCAGGUCCAUUCUCUUAUGCACUGGACCUUGUGUCUCGAAAUGUUAAGACGGAGGUGAAGCUCUACUGGUCGGUGAAAGAAUACAACUCCCUAAACUGGUUCAAGGAGGAGCUGAGACAAUUCAAGGGCACUAAAUGCAGACCUAUCAUCUACGUUUCGAACCCUAAUUCCAGCAUAGCCGAAGUCGACACUGACACAACCUCCAGUUCUGGUAGCUCUGUGGAGUUUUCUGAGGAAAAGAGAUCCGAAAGAGAAAAGACCACCGAACACACCCUUACCUUGGAAACUUUGCAACAGGCCUUCGAUUUCGUUGAAUUUCGCCGCGGAAGAAUCAAUGUUGACCAGCUUGUCCAGGAAGAAAUUUCCGAGACUUCUGGAUCCAUUGCUUUCGGCAUCUGUGCUCACCCUAAUAUGACUGAUACUGUCAGGGCCUCUGUCAUCAAACACUUAGACGACAAGAAGAGGAUUGACUACUUUGAAGAGAUGCAAACUUGGUAA